AUGUCUGUGAAUUGGAUUUGGAGCUCCUAUGCAAUUCUUUCUGGAGCACACGGCCUCUUAGCAAUCCUGUUUGUGUCUCUGUUGGGCUGUGACCAACCCGAAGAAUGGCCACCAUUAUUUGGUAAUAUCACGCAAGCCUAUUCACUACGACGCUUUUGGGGCAUCGUUUGGCACAAGCUUCAUACUAAACCUUAUGAUUCCUUCAUGUCACCUCUGUUCCAGCCACAGCGUGAGCAAUGGGGUUUUAUUCACAAAUCUCUACGGGCGUUUUUGAUGUUUUUCCUGUCGGCAAUUUGCCACGCGUUGUCGAACAGGGCGGUAUCUAAAAAAACGCACAUCGUCUCCGAGAUUCACUUUUUUCUCCUCAAUUAUGUUCUGUGCUUGACAGAGACGGUCGGAGAAUGGACGGUGGAGCAUACGCUGAAACUGGAUUGGAGGUUAAGGCGAGCAGUCGGUUAUACCUGGGUACUAUUUGUCUUCAUCUGCCUUGUCCCAGGAUGGAGAUAUCCUUUAGUAUUAGACGCUGCGUAUAGCUUGCCAAGAUAG